UAUAUAUAUAUAUUGCUAAUUAUUAAGGAAAAGAUACCGGUAAAGUAUAAGUGGAUGGCUUAUAAUUCCAGUGCAAAGCUAGAGUGACCAGGCCAACUGUACUGGGAGGAAAUCUUAUUCUUACUGUUGCUUCAGAUGUUUUAGGCUUUCAUUAUUAUUACUAUUAUUAUUUUUGUAUUUAUAGGUGACAACGAACUGGGGCUUUGUACUUGUAUCUUCUUUGAUCCAGCAGAUGAGGAUGGAAAGGAACCAGGGGUUUUUAUAACUGAAAUUAUUGAAGGAGGUGCAGUUCACAAACUUGGAUGUAUCCGUGUAUUUGACCAGAUUAUUAAAAUAGGUGACAUCAAUCUAAUUGGAUUGGAUGAAGCAGAAAUCAUCUCUACUUUUAAAAAAAUGGACGAUUCUCCUUUCCAGAUUGAAAUUGGCCGCGAACCACCUGAAGUCAAGUCAGAACUUAUAGUACGCCUCAAGUUGUCAGAGGAAAGGAAGAAAUAUUUUAUGAAUUCACUCAUAGUACAGGAAAAAAUUGGAGAUAUCACUAUUGUGAGAGGACAAGCAAGUAUUUGUACAACUUCAAGAGAACCAUGGUACUGGAUGGCCAGUAACCUGAAAUUUGUUAUUGGGGCACUGAAAAUAUUAAUAGAAGAAGAUCAGGGAUGUAGAAAAGACUUCCAAGCUAUCUUUGAGCAGGCUAACUUUUUUCAAGACAAAUAUAGAGACAUGAACACAUACAAUGUGAAUAUGGAACAGAAACCUGAUGAAUCAGAUAAAGAAGGCACAUUUUUACCAUUGGCCCCAGAAGAAGAAUUAUUACUAGAACAAUUUAAAAUAAAACCUAACGAGAUAAAAAAUGAAGAUUUAUCACCAGGGCAAUUAUUAGCCCAAGGGGAUUUCAAUUCAGAGACCCCAAUAAAAAAAGAAAAAGAAGAAGAUGAAAUAGUAGUGGAGGAAGAGAUUAUUAGCACUGGAAAACCUACAGAGGGAAAGGCUAAAAAGGGAUUUUCCUGGUUCCGCAAUAUCAAAGAACGCAAGCUGUGGAACUUCUUUCAUUUUAAAAAACAUGACAAACAAGUAAAGAAUGUGCACAAGUGGGAAGAAAUUGAUCAAGUGGUAUUGGAAGAUUACUGUCCUUAUUCUACUGAAGCCCCUAAAACAUUGCCAACAGAGUGGACAAAUAUUGAAGUUGGUAAUUGGUUAUGGAGCAUUGGAAUGGAGGAGUAUGUUGUAAAAUUUUAUUGUAAAGGAAUAACUGGUGAAAAACUCCUUACACUGGACAAUCACUCGCUAAAAGAAAUCGAAGUCAACAAGAAGAAAGACCGCCGGAAAAUACUUAAGGCUAUUAAGAAAGUUAGAGAUUUUUGGGAAAAAAAUCAUCAUUUCGUCUUAUUAUAGAAAUUGAUGGAAAGAAGACACAGAACCAGAAAGAUGGCAAAAAUGGAAAAUGCAAUUACUUUUGUUAUAUUGAAUUUUCAUCAUUUUACUUCUGUUACUUUUGUUAUAUGAACUUUUAAGGGAUUUUACUUCCAUGUUACUUUUGUUAUAUGAACUUUUAAGGGAUUUUACUUCCAUGUUACUUUUGUUAUAUGAACUUUUAAGGGAUUUUAGUUCCAUGUUACUUUUGUUAUAUGAACUUUUAAUCAUUUUAUUACUGUUACUUUUGUUAUUAUUAACUUUUAAUUAUUUCACUUUCAUGUUACAUUUGUUAUAUGAACUUUUAAGGGAUUUUACUUCCAUGUUAUUUUUGUUAUUAUUAACUUUUAAUCAUUUCACUUCUAUGUUACUUUUGUUAUAUGAACUUUUAAGGAAUUUACUUCUAUGUUACUUUUGUUAUAUGAACUUUUAAGGAAUUUACUUCCAUGUUACUUUUGUUAUAUGGACUUUUAAUCAUUUUAUUACUGUUACUUUUGUUAUUAUUAACUUUUAAUCAUUUCACUUUCAUGUUACAUUUGUUAUAUGAACCUUUAAGGGAUUUUACUUCCAUGUUACUUUUGUUAUAUGAACUUUUAAGGGAUUUUACUUCCAUGUUAUUUUUGUUAUUGUUAACUUUUAAUCAUUUCAGUUCUAUGUUACUUUUGUUAUAUGAACUUUUAAGGGAUUUUACAUCCAUGUUACUUUUGUUAUAUGAACUUUUAAGGGAUUUUACUUCCAUGUUACUUUUGUUAUAUGAACUUUUAAUCAUUUUAUUACUGUUACUUUUGUUAUCAUUAACUUUUAAUCAUUUCACUUCCAUGUUACUUGUUAUAUGAACUUUUAAUCAUUUUAUUACUGUUACUUUUUUUUAUUAAUUUUUAAUCAUUUCACUUUCGUGUUACAUUUGUUAUAUGAACCUUUAAGGGAUUUUACUUCCAUGUUACCUUUGUUAUAUGAACUUUUAAAGAAUUU